GGAGAAUCCGACUUCAUUAAAAAAUAAAAAAAAGUUUUGUAAUUUUGCUUUUUUUUAAGAGAGUGUGGCCACUCUGGAGACAGGUCUUCUUCUUCUUCUGCGUUUAUUCCUUUACACUUUCACCAUCUCUCUCUCUCUUGAUCUGAAUCCAAAAUUGGAUUUUGCAAUAAAUUCAACAUUGUUUUUUUUUGUAAUCGACCAACUUCAUCUUCUUCGAAUCGAGCGUGACGGUGGUGGUCAGCGACGGUAGCUAUGUCUUCGAAGACUAAAACUAGUUUGUCGGAAACUCCUCCGGGGAAAUCAUCUCCCGCAACUCCAAAAGUGGCGAGAUUGAGUAGGGCAGUGAAUAAAUCUGAGACCGCUUCUCCAAGUUCACGCCUUUCACUUGAUCGCUCUUCACCAAGUUCAAAGUCUUCUACUGUUGAGAGACGAUCACCAAAGGUCCCAACUCCACCAGAGAAAACUCAAGCGCGUGGAGCAGCGAAAGGAUCAUCAGCAGAGCCAACACAGACUCGGUUGACUCUGACUCAAAUCAAGGAAGAUCUCAAGAAAGCUAACGAGAAGAUAUCUUCACUAGAAAAGGAGAAAGCGAAAGCACUCGAUGAGCUCAAAGAAGCCAAGAAAGAAGCUCAAGAAGCAUCUCUGAAGCUGGACGACGCUUUAAAAGCUCAGGAAAACAUCGAGGUUGAGAAGUUCCAAGCUGUUGAGGAAGGGAUCGAGGCUGUUCAGAAGAAGGAAGAAGAGCUGAAGAAAGAACUCGAGAACGUCAAGAGCCAACACGCUUCAGUUACACAGGAGCUUCAAAAGGUUAAUGAAGAGUUGGCUAAGGCCAAUGAGGUUAAGAGCAAGGCUUUGAUCCAAGCAGGUGAUUCUAGUAAGACAGCUCAGCUUCAUGCGGAGAAAGUUGAGAUGUUAUCUUCUGAGUUGACACGGUUGAAAGCUCUGCUUGAUUCAUCCGAAAGUGAAAUGGUGGGUAAGCUAGAAGAGGAGAUUGAUGUUUUGAAAAGAGAUCUUGAGAAGGCGAGAACCUUUGAGUCUGAGGUGAAAGAGCAAGAGAUGAUCAUCAAGAAGCUUAAUGUUGAUCUUGAAGCUGCGAACAGCUCAUCUGAGGAGUGGAAGAGCAAAGCCAAAGAAGUGGAGUCACAGCUAGAAGAAGCUAACAAUCUAGAGAGAUCUGCGUCUUUAUCUUUGGAGUCUGUGAUGAAACAACUCGAAGGAAGCAAUGAUAAGCUGCACGAAACAGAAUCCGAACUCAUUAACCUCAAGGAGAAAAUCAUCACGUUGGAGACAACAGUCGCUAGACAGAAGGAGGAUCUUGAGGAAUCAGAAGAAGAACUGUCAAAGACCGAAAAAGAAGUAGAGAAGUUAAAGAAGGAUCUUGAAACUGUCGUUGAGGAGAAGAACCGUGCCUUAGACAAGGAGCAAGACGCUUCUUCAAACGUUCAGAGGCUAUUAGAACAGAAGAAGAAGCUUUUAGCAGAUCUUGAAACCUCAAAGGAGGAAGAGGAGAAGAGCAAGAAAGCAAUGGAGACUCUAGCUUCUGCUUUACACGAAGUUUCAAGCGAAGGAAGAGAGCUGAAGGAGAAGCUGUUAAGCCAAGGAGGAGACCAAGACUACGAAGCGCAGAUAGAGGACCUGAAGGUGGUGAUCAAAGCGACAAGCGAGAAGUACGAGACAAUGCUUGAUGAAUCAAGACACGAGAUCGAUGUUCUUGUGAGCGCGGUGGAGCAGACCAAGAAGCAUUUCGAGAGCUCGAAGACGGAGUGGGAGAUGAAGGAAGCUAAGCUUGUGGAUCACGUGAGGAAGAUGGAGGAAGAGGUUGCGUCGAUGAGUAGGUUGGAUGGUUUGUUGAAGAGGACGGAGGAAGAAGCUGAUGCUGCUUGGAAAAAGGAAGCGGAGACGAAGGAGAGUUUGAAGGAGGUGGAGGAUGAGGUUGUUUAUCUUCAGGAGUGUCUCGGGGAAGCGAAAGCUGAAAGCAUGAAGCUUAAGGAGAGUCUGUUGGAGAAAGAGACUGAGUUUGAAAGCGUGGUUCAUGAGAAUGAGGAGCUGAGGGUAAAGGAAGGUGUUGCUUUGAGGAAGAUUGAGGAGUUAUCAAAGUUACUAGAGGAAGCAAGAUUGAGCAAGGAGGAGGUGGAGGUUAGUGAAAGCGAGAAAGAGUAUGAUUUGUUGCCCAAAGUGGUUGAGUUUUCUUCUGAGAAUGGUCAUAGAAGUGUGGAAGAAGAAGCUCCACAAGAACAUAUCAUCAGCAAUGGCAAUGGUGUGGAGGAGAAAGAUAUGAAUGGAAAGCACGAGGAGGCGAAAACAGAGAUGAAAGAGAAGAAAGAAGAGUCUCCAGAUGAUGAUGAUGACAAAGAUAACUCAGUUGAAGUUAUCUUCAAGAUGUGGGAGAGUUGCCAGGUAGAGAAGAAAGAAGCUGUUCCGGACAAGAAAACAGAACUAGAGUCUCCGGAGGAAGAAAAAGAUUCAAGAAAGAUCGAUGAAAGUGAUGAAACCUCGACAGAGAAGGUGGAUGAAACCGCAGAAGAUGAGAUUGUGAUGGAGAAGAAAAUCAAGAAGAAGAAGACUCUACUUGGUAAAGUCUUCUCAAGAAGAAAGCAGCAGUAAACCUGAAAUAACAAACUCUUGGAGGUAAGGAAAAUCAUUUUAAAAGCUUAUUAUAUGUAGAAAGGAACAUACAUAUUGAUUUUCAUUUUGAUUUCCAUCAGUGUUUUUUUAUAUAUAUAUCUUUGUUGGUUAUUGAUUCUUUGCUUCUUUUCGAUUGUAACAACGAUGUUUCUCGACCUUUGUUGCUAAUGUAAAGGCUUGUCUUUUGGUUUAAUUAACUUCAGUUUA